AUGUAUGUUCUGAUCGUCUCGACUAUCUUUACGGUUCUUGCAACCAUCUGUGUCAUUCUGAGGUUGUGGACGAGAUUCUGGCUUAUUAGGGCUCCGGGGUUAGAUGAUUUAUUCAUUACUGGUGCAUUGGCCGUCAGCCUUACAUUCUACGCCUUUACCUUACUCGAACGCCAUUAUGGCCUCGGGCAUCCCAAAGCAUCCCUCCCCCCACACGUUAUCAAAGGUCAACUACAGUUUCUCUGGCUUUCAAUUCCCUUCUACAAUCUCACCCUGAUCCUCUCCAAAAUAUCCGCCCUAUACCUCUUCGUCCGUCUCUUCCGCCCGCGCCCUUUCCUCCUCGCUACUUAUAUCACAAUGGGCUUCCUGGUCGUUGCAGGCCUAUGGAUGACAUUAAGCGGGUUCUUUUUCUGUGCACCCAUCCACUACUUCUGGGAUGUAUCCGAGGAAGUCCGCAAUGACCAUUGUCUGCCUGAAGGCCCUGUUUGGUUUACCAACGCUGGCAUUCAGAUUGCUACUGACAUCAUCAUCCUGAUUCUUCCUAUGCCUUUACUUUGGAAGUUGCAAAUGCCCCGCCGGCAGAAGUUUGGGGUUGUUGCUGUCUUUGGGCUUGGAAUUAUGGUCAUCGCCACCAGUUCAGCCCGUCUCUCUCAGUUAAGCAUCAUGGUCCACGAAAGGGAUUUCACCAAAACAAACUCCCAAGCCGUACUCUGGUCCUCCCUGGAAGCAAACAUAUCAAUAAUCUGCGCCUGCCUCCCACCCCUGCACCCCCUCCUCUCGCGAGUCUUCUCCUUCUGCUUCCUCCCCCAACCCCUCCACUCAUCCCCAGGCUCAAAAGCCGGUCACUCGCACACAACCCAAUUAACAGACUCCCGCAAACCAUCCAUAUACUCCCACUACAACUCAAACCCCAGCCCAGACGGCGGAGUGUGGUAUAAUGAACUCUUCACGCCCGGUCCGGCGAAUUACUCGGCUAGUAUUUCAAAGGAUAAUAACAAUGAGGACCCAGGGAACGAGGAUGGGAUUCGUGUUGUUCGGGAGUUGAGGAUGAGGUCGGAGGAGGUUCAUACACCUAUUUUGAGGACUGGGUCGCCUAGGGAGAGGGAGAGAGAUUUGGAGAUGGGGACGCUUGAUAGUCAUAGUGCUCGUGAAGGGGGUGGGGCGUCGAAUCCUGGUAUUGAGUGGGAUUUGGGGGACUUCGAGUUCCCUGAUUAUAAGGAGCGGAUGAAUGCUCCUAUUUGA